UAUGAUGGUUAUGAUGGUUAUGAUGGUUAUGAUGGUUAUGAUGGUUAUGAUGGUUAUGAUGGUGAUAAUGAUAUGUCAGGAACUGGUUGAGCUGGUUCUGAGUAUGGAACAAAGGUUGGAAGAGAAGAGCAAGCAGGCUAUGGCUCGUCAUUACCGUGAGAAGGUAGAGACUGAGCUGCGUAAGAUCUGCAAUGAAGUGCUGGCUCUCCUGGACAAGUAUCUGAUCGCUAACGCUAACCCAGGUUUUCUACCUCAGGAUGAAUGGGGAUUAUUUCAGGUCGGCUUUUCAUCCAUUCUUAACCCUUGAGUUAUCAAUCUUUGCUAAGCGUUCCACGUUCCCUUACCCCCUCGAAAAAGGCCUUUUAUUGACGAUACUUAGUUGCCAUGCAUGCUCAAAGUCCAAUUUCUUAAAGCCUUCUCAAUAAAAAAAAUGUAACCACUAAAAAUUGAGUAAAAAUAAAAUGUGCUUGUUUGUAUCCAUUUUUCAAGGAUUUUUCAGAUUUAUUUGAACCAACCGACAUGCCGCCUACCAUGUGCAUUAAAAAUACUUUUUCAUAAAAUGCUAAUGUUUAACCGUCUAUGUACGAAGUGGUCGAUAUCGACCGCUCACUUUAGUCACCCAUUACCCACUUAAUGGUUUACAAAUUAAUUUUUUUUUUUAAGUUUUGGGUAACUUGAGAACCAAGAAACCAAGUUCAAGCAUAUUUUUGCUUUUUUUUGUUUUUAUUUAGUGAAGAUCUUGAUAGGUAUUGAGAGGAUACGCGAAAAUUAGACCAAAAUGAGACACCCUCCACUUUUUUACAAAGAUAAAUUUUCGUGAUUUUUGUUUAAAAAAUGCGUCUAAAGUAAUUACUCUUUAUAUAAUUCACAUUUUAAUGGCUUAAAUUAUUGUUUUAGUAUAAUUUUGGCAGCUUUUUGAGCGGUCGUUAUCGACCGCUUCGCACAUGUGGGGGACAUAACAGUAGGGCAAAAUAGACGGCUUCCCCAAGUAUCAGAAUAAUAUAAACUGCAUUGUUCUCUAUAUUUUCAUUGAUAAUGCGGGAUAAGAAGGUAGGGAUGGG